CGCCGCUUCGCCUCCUCGGCACCUGAGACGGCCGCCCGGCGGUCCUGCGGCUCUCGCUCCUGCCGCUGCGGGCCGCGGGGCCAAGGCCAUGUCCCGGAAGCAGGCGGCGAAGAGCCGGCCGGGCAGCGGCAGCCGGAAAGCCGAGGCCGAGCGCAAGCGGGACGAGCGGGCGGCGCGUCGGGCCCUGGCUAAGGAGCGGCGGAACCGGCCGGAGCCCGGCGGCGGCGGCGGCUGCGAGGAGGAGUUCGUCAGCUUCGCCAACCAGCUGCAGGCCCUGGGGCUGAAGCUGCGGGAGGUGCCGGGGGACGGCAAUUGCCUCUUCAGAGCUCUUGGUGAUCAGUUGGAGGGACACUCACGAAAUCACCUCAAGCACCGACAAGAGACAGUGGACUACAUGAUAAAGCAGCGAGAAGAUUUUGAACCCUUUGUAGAAGAUGACAUUCCUUUUGAGAAACAUGUGGCCAGUUUGGCAAAGCCUGGAACAUUUGCUGGCAAUGAUGCAAUUGUCGCCUUCGCAAGAAAUCAUCAGUUGAAUGUGGUGAUUCAUCAACUUAAUGCCCCUUUGUGGCAGAUUCGUGGUACGGAUAAGAGCAACGUGCAGGAGUUACACAUCGCGUACCGGUACGGAGAGCACUAUGACAGCGUUCGGAGGGUCAACGACAACUCAGAAGCGCCUGCACACCUCCAGACUGAUUUUCAGAUGCUUCAUCAAGAUGAAUCAAAUAAAAGAGAGAAGAUCAAAACAAAGGGAGUUGACUUUGAAGAUGACCUGAGAGAUGAAGUAGAAGAUGCUGUCCAGAAAGUUUGCAAUGCAACUGGAUGUUCAGAUUUUAAUUUGAUAGUCCAGAACCUGGAAGCUGAAAAUUAUAAUAUUGAAUCUGCGAUAAUUGCCAUGCUCCAGAUGAACCAGGGGAAAAGAAAUAGUGCAGAGGAGAACCUUGAGUCCAGUGGCCGAGUGCUGAAGCAGUGUGACCCUUUAUGGGAGGAGGGUGGCAGUGGCACCAGACUCUUUGGAAAUCAGGGCUUAAAUGAAGGCAGAGCUGAAAAUGAUAAGUCUCGGGCCAGCCCUAGUGAAGAAAACAAAGCAAACAAAAAUCACCUCCCAAAGGUCACGAACAAACAGAGGCGAGAACAGCAGCGACUAGAGAAGAAGAAACGACAGGAGGAGAGGCACCGUCACAAAGCCCUGGAGAGCAGGAGUAGCCACAGGGACAACAACAGAAGUGAAGCAGACGCGAGCACCCAGGUCACCUUGGUGAAGACUUUCGCGGCUCUCAACAUCUGACUCUGGCCUCCUGGGAGUUGUGAGAAGGGAAUGGAAAACGGAGGGCCGUGUGCCAGGCUUUCCAGCGAGGCCAUCCUUUUACAAAACGAAACUCAACCCACAGAAUCACACACUGAAAAGAUGCCUUCAGAGAGAUAAAAGCCUUCAGAACAGGCGCUGCUCGAACUCUGGGGCCUUCCGACGGUUGUUCUGAGGUGAUUUAAUAAGGGCGCUUUCUACAAGGUGUGUUUUCCUGACUCUAAAGCAAAUUGUAUUUUUCCAUUGAUGUUGUUAAGUUGAAGAUCUCGACGGCAUAUGUAAAUGAUAGCAGAUCUUCUGCUGUCACAUGCGAGAGGGGGAGUGGAUAAUUGGAUUGAAGUGGAGACAUUGAGCACCCGGCGCGAAGUGCAUUGCACAGUACGGAACUCAGAAGGUGCGCACAGGGCCCGGCUCCGGGGAGGAGCUGGGCCUCGUUGACUGCUUGGCUGCGUCUGUCCAAGGUAACGUUCCCUGUAAAAACCUCAGGCUCUUAACCAUCUCUUCUGAGGAAUUACCUUCUAGAGCCUCGCUCUCCUAGUUCAGACUACUUUGUAGCUUGAUUAAAACGUUUAGCAUUCUCGCAAAGUUACCUGAGAAGGGGCUGGUACCGGUAGAGAACAAUUUCUGUAAGAGCGCGGACUUGUGCGUGGUGACUGUGGUUUAAGCAGGGCAUGCCCCCGGUCCCGGAACUACCCCUGCUCGCUGUGCUGUGGCCCCGGAAGGUAAUGGCCGCUGGGCGAGACCUCGGUGGUCUGCCCCUCAUCCUCCGCAUCUCGACAUCCAGCAGCUCACUGUUGCCAGCCAUCUGUGGUAGUUGUUUGAGCACAGUCACAGACCUCAGCCUGUGGUUUGAUCCCCUGGCAGGUCCCUCAACCAGAACUUGAGGAAUGCGGGUGUGGGCUCCUCUCAUGGUUCAUCUUCCUUGGGGAGAAGGGCCCUCGGCCUCCCUGGCUACCCUUCCAGCGUCCGCCACCAGCACCGAGCUCCGUGAGAAGAAGAAAAGAGCCAGGGGUCGGACAUCAAACCUCCGUGUUCCUCUUGCUGAUGUAGAAGCGCUGGUGGGUGUUAAUCCCCUUUAUGAAGGAGGGCAGGUGGGUCUGUGGAGAACACAGGGGCCUUCACAGGCUCAGCCACCUUCUCUUUUUUUCUAAUUGCACUAUACUUGUCCUCACUGCAGUCCGAAGAUAUUUAAGACCUCUGUGGGGUCAUGAUCCAUAGACUUAGCAAGUCUUGCCUUAUCUGUGGAGCUGGACGGGGGGAAUGUGACCAUUGUCUGAUGUCCAUAGUUCAUUUCCUCCAGGAUGUUUCUUUCCUCAGAUUGUGUUACUCUGAACCAUUUUAUUUUUUAUUUACCAAAGUACUGUACUUGGCUAUUUGCAGUGUUUUCAAAACCAAAUGUUUCUUUUUUUGUGUUUUUAAUCUUCAAUACUUGGUGCAAUAGAAGCUGCAAAGAUGUGCCACUUUAUCUAUGAAAUGGAGUUUUGUAUACCAAUAAAUUCUAGUUUAAAGAGAAA